AUGUGCAGCUGCUAUUGCUGUCCAUCUCGGUCAAAUCCAUAUGGAUCGCAGGAUAAUUGCAAAGAUGAUAGUCCAGAAUAUGUCGGAGGAUUUGCGAUUGGAAACCCUGCAUCUUGCUCUUCAGCUGCAUGCAAUGUUAAUUUUCCUGUAUCAUGUCCAGUUCCACCUGUUCGUCCACCCAAGGGACUGACUGGUGGCGGAGCCAUGCGAUGGGGAUGUAAAAGUGGAUGCCGAUUUGGUCCCGAUGGCAAGACAUUAGUAAACGAAAGUGCUCGAGCACCUGGAAUUGAUGGACUAGAUAAUGCCAUGUAUUCGAAUGCAAUCGCAUUGAUAUCCCCUGAAUAUCUUGCAUGGAGCUUUUCAGUUGUGCUUGUUUCAUUAAUUAUGCUAAUCAGAUUGGACGACUAG